AUGUCAUCUCUGCUGGAAAUGCCUGAUUUAGUCAUGAAAUUGGUACUCGGAAAAUUGGAUUAUGUGUCUGUCCAACGUCUCCGAAAAACAUGUCGAACCCUUCGAAACUUCAUUGAUGACGUCAAGCCAGAAUCCAACCUUUCUGCAUUUCGCAUUCUUUUUACCCCAAAAUAUUUACGAUUUUUCAUUUGGUUCAAAGAUCUAGAAAAUUUGCAAAUCGAGUACAUCACAGUGGAUAACGGAUGCAGAAUUGUACCAGAAGGAGGAGAAUAUCAAUGGUUUUUUGAAAAUUCCGAUUUUUUGGAUAUUGCAUUCGGAGAUGCCAAAAUUUUAUUGGAUUUCACAAAUUCUGGAAAAAUCCAAAAAUUUAGUUUUGAUUCUAUGUGUCCACCGGAGACUUCUAGAAAUCCUCGACCAUGGUUUUUGGAUCGCCUUCAUGGAUAUUUGAAAUUUCGAAAAAAUCUUUUGAAAAUCAAAUGUUUGGACUUCGCAUUUCUUGAUCAACAGGAGAUUCUGGAUGUUUUACCAUUCUUGGAGCCUAGAACUUUGGAAAAUUUGCGUUUGGAAUUCGUUGGAGAUAAAAUCAAAAGGCAAAGUUUUCGGACGAGAAAACUGUCGAAAAUAAAGAUCCUCAAUUCCCCUCAAAUGGAAAACUUUGAAUUUCAUUUCCGACAAUCUGAUGCUUUCGAUAAGUUGACUGAAAUUUUUGGAGAAAUUUCAUUUUCGGAUACGCAAUACAUGAAUGGAUAUAAAAGACAUUGGUUUUUCGCAUACUCUGAGAACUCUGACAAUUUAUUGGAAAUCACUUUUUUUGAAAAUUAUAAGUAUUAUGCAUUCGAUAUCAACAAAAAACCAAAAAUUGCUGAAACUCUGAACUCCGGAAGUCAGGCAAAGACAUCUGGACAUGAACCUCUCGACCCAAGAUUUACGACUUUUUGUGCUCGCUGA